CAGUCAGACUGUCUUUGGUGCCGGUAGUGAGCGGAGGUGAUGUGUCGCAGCUCUCUCUUGGCUGAAGAGUUGAGUGAGAGAGAAGGCCAGUGUGCUCGCUUACUCGAAAGUGUCGUCAAUCGUUAAUUAAACAGAUUUUGAAAGAGGCCAAUACCAAAGGGUGUGCUGUUAAUAGAAACGAGAAUUCUAAUUAAAGGAAAGGAAUUGGUGUUCUAACGUUUCUUGCUUUUUUGUGGAUAUAUUAGUGGCUGCUGAUCUUCCUUCAGCGUAAUAUUGGAUUAAGUGAAUAACUUGUCACCAAUCAAGUCCUUCGAUACCGCAUCAGCCAAAUUAAUGACGAAGGGAGAUGGGAUUCACGGGUGCCGGCACCUUAUAACGCGAUAAUUAUGGAGGUACAGAGUCCCGAUGAUUUGAUCAACAUAGAAGACAGCAACAUCCUCGAAAGCCUCGCUAACGACAAUUACAAGCUCGUCAAGUACAGCCUGAGCAAAGAGAAGAUCAUCGAGACUGUGAAGACAGUAAACACCCAAACGAACAAGGUCAUCGAGAAGGUAGGAGGAGGAAAUGACCUCGAGAAUAAGGAGAACAUCAGCAUCAUCCAAGAAUAUGCCAAAAAGAAGGAGAAGAUACACACCACUAAGGAGAGCGUCUUCCGAGUUCAGCAAAUGGUCAAGAGGGUGCCCAGGAGGUCUGUGAUGACGAGGCAGAAUGCCAUGGAGGUGCAGGACGAACUCGAAAAGGGCCUCGAGGAGAUCGAUUCGGAAGGGGAUUCCUCCGAGAAGGGGUCAACCGAAAUGAGUGAAAGUGCUACUUCGUCUGAGGAUGCGUCCUCGGUGGGAGGGUCGUCGACGGAAAUGUGCUGCUCCUCUUCAGACGGGCACUCUCCCGAUGCCAGAGCCUGUGUAGCGUCGGACUUGGGUUUCUGCCGGCGGUGUGAUGAAGGCCCCGACUGCUGCGCUGAUGCAUCUAACCAUGACAGCGGCAGCUUUGCCAGUAGUGCUGACGAAGAGUCUGAUGCCACGGAAGUCCCUUCUGUUUUAGAAGUUGAAAAUGGAAGAGUGAGCGAUGACGGCUUGGACAAUGAUGACAGCUGGAAUUUUGAGGACGAUGGCACUACUGGAAUGGGCAUGCAGACAAUGCCUGACGAGCAGAGGUUGGCGCAUGGGCAGCUUGAGCAGGACAAGCAACUGGUCAGAUCAGAAAAAGAUGCAGAAGGUAACUGCAGUGAAGGGGACAGUGACAAAGCCGUUGCCGAGUAUGAAUAUUUUGUUGAUGAGGAUGAUGACGAUUAUGGUGAAGAAUUGGAAUAUGAUGGUGAUGUUAGAAAUGUUGUGGAAUUUGAUGACGACGACGAGGAGUAUUGUGUGGAUGACGAUUAUGAAGAGGAGGCUGAAGAGGCUGACAACAUACAGACACACAGCUCGAGGCGGAUAAUGUAUUCGCGAUACCAAGAACCUCUGGAAGUGAUUUUGGAAAUCUUGGGUGAGGAAGGCGAGGAGGAAGCCGAGAACAAGAAGAGCAAACAAAGCGGCAAAAUCAAAGAGCAGAAGAACUCGAGCGAAGACUUGAUGAGUUUUUCCAGUAGCGGAGAAUUUAGCCCAGACAGUAUAGAAGAAUACUGUGCAAGAAAAAACCAGGCUAAUCUCCUGAACUUGAUCAGGGGCAGCAAUACAAUAGACAGCACGAUAGAGAGCCUCCCGUCAGGUCAGACGUCCUUGACAAAUGACGACGUAGACGUACUGUUGGGUAAAGAGGAGGUUACUGCAACGUCAUCCAUGCAGGCAGUUUGUGAAGGGCAGAUGGCAUCUCUGCCACAUCCAUGUGAUAGACUUGCCCCAGCUUCACCUGGUAAUCUGAUGGACGUGCCCAUUCCACAGCUCAGAUUAAACCCUUUGACGCCCCAUUGCCAAAGAAGGGAAGAGUUGACAGAUAAGGAUAAGCUGAAAAGCCUUACCUCUGAAAUCGAAGCUUAUUUGAAAGAAACGACGCAGCUGCUAGAGAGCGCCACUGCCAACGCUCGAAAUUACAAAACUAAAAAUGAUGCUGAUAUGGAACAGGUGAAACGAGUGGACAUUACUCCUCCCAUUGAAGACAGUCCUAGACGAAGUAUUGCACCCAGUAACAACAAGUCACCGGCCGGGACUUCAGUUAAGCUCGAAAAUGAACAGGUGAAUUUAAUCGACCUCGAUAGUUUUUCUUUUGAAAAGAGUAUGACUAAAGGUGCCGCUUCCAACGGCUUGGAUCCCAGUGAUAGCGAUAUUAGUAAACCGCCCAAAGAAUUCCGCCUCCACUUGCUCAGAGAGGAAGAGAUAAUCAACCUCGCCACCACUGUUACUGAUAUAUCAACUCCAAUUCAUCUGACAAACUUCUCGCCGUUAGGUUUGACAGCGGAUCCUUGUUACCCAGAACAGCCCAUCAUUACUCCUCCUCCAAUGUUUGUCGGUCACUUCAACAUGUGCGAACCAGAUCAGGCAAGUCUCGAGAAAGAUGGAGCAUGUCACGAUGCCUUCACUCCCCCGAAAGGCUUUACAGACAACAACAAUGAAAUAUUCAAGACGAUCGCCGAAACACCCAAGUUCGCCGAAACCGAGUAUUUCUCAGCUCACGAAAAUUCUUUGGAAGUCAUGGACGCACUGGAGUGGGAGGAGAAGAAGAGCAUUAAACAGGAAACUCAGAGAAUCAUAUACAAACCUUCUGAUUGCAGUCAAGAAGAAUUCAUUCCCUUUGCGAGCCUCGUGACCCUACGGAAUGGGUGGGCGUCUUCCUUUGAAGAGUUGCCUGACAUCGGGGAACCCAUGUCGCUACCCAUCAUAAAACAGUCAAAGGCCUUUAAGUCCAGUCAAGAAGUCAUCUUCUUUGAGGAGCCUAUACUGGAAAAUAAACCACUUCUCGAGGCGACAUCAGAAAAAACGUCGUCCGUCAGGAAGGUUGAAUUGAAAGGAGAUGCGCCCGUUCAAGAGGUGAAACUGAGAAGAAAAACUCCAAUGAAUGAAAUAACGAUAAGAAAAAGGGCAUCCGUCGACGAGGUAAAACUAAGAAAAAUGUCAGCUGUAGAUGAUGUAAAACUAAAGAAAAGGUCUUCUGUUGAUGAGGCUAGAUUGAGAAAGCGGUCCUCUCUUCGCUGUGAGUCUCCUCCCCCAACCGUCGACUGUUUAGAGAGUCUAGAAAAGUUAUGUAACAGAUUGAGUCUCGAGCAAGAAAUGUUGAAAGAAAAUGAGAGUAAAUUUGUCGCUUUCUGUCAAGUAAACACCAAAAAGGCGGACAGUUAUUACUCAAACUGUCAGGAUUCAGGUUUCGAAUCGAUGGUUCAUCAGGAAAUAGACAGUUCAAAGCAGUUUCACAGCACUGACAGUUUGCAUGGCAAUAGCAGCUCAGCGACGAAAAUGGAAAUAAAGAAAGAGAUUAGUCAGCCUUUCAUUACCAACGAAGGCGGCAAAGAAAACCGGCUCUCAGUGACUAUGAAAGAAAACGACGAUUACUCAGGAUUUGAAGGGAUGACUAGUGAAGAUGAAGAAUUUCGCUAUAUUGACGAGAAACUGGACGAAAUUUUCCGCUAUGUUGACGAAGCUAGUAAAAGAAACAGUUUAUAUAGUGUGGAAGAUUUUGAUGUGACUAAGGAAAUCAUAGAAGAGACGAAAACACAAAUUUCCUCCGUACCAAAAUCAAAGAAGAACAAAGUAAACAGUGAGCUGCAAGCUAAAUUGAGUGAACUUUUUAAUAACUUAGAUUCCAUGUACGAGAAACACGUCAUAAAAAUGAAAGAUUUACAUGCAGAGCAAGCCUGGUCAUCACAGGUCUUUACACCCAAAGGGUAUCUCAUGCCCGAUAAGAAACAAUAUUUGCAGAGUUGUCAAGCAGAAAUUUUACUGUCACAGGUAUCGAACCCACAGAGUUUGAGCAGCAAUGAGCCAGCUAAGGAAAACGACCCCUACCAAGAUAUCCUCGAUGUUUCCGAAGAUUUGAAAAAUCUCUGCGUAUUUCACGUGAACAGACCUCCUUGGGAUGAGGGGCAUGCGACAUUGUCUACAGCAGGCGCGACCUUUCCUGAGUACUUCGACAGUGAUGGUGCUACUCCAGAAGGAGAAUAUGCUGCAUUGUCUUCUGGCCUCGCGUGUGGAGAGGGAGUGGAAGCAUUCGAGGGGAACAGAACGAGUACAAAUAGUGGAGAAAUUCUUGUAGGUGGAAAGGAAAAAGGAGGACCCACGAAACCAGUUGUGUGUACGAAUAGAAAAGAGAAGAUCGGUAACACAGAGAGCCAGAAUGACAGCGGCGUCCACGUGGCCAUCCUCCUGAAAACUCUCAAAACCGAAAACCAAAAAUGUUACGAAGUGACCCUCAGGUGCCUUCAGAAGAUCGUGGCGAGCACAGUCACCAUCGAAAACAUCUCCAGCAUACUUGAGGUUUCGCCAGAUGCUGCGAAUGACGGUCCACGCAUUCAUACAGAGAACAUGUCUGCCCUUCAGCUGGCAGCCGAAGGCCGAGACUACCUCAUGUGGUGUCCUGACCAGGAGUUCGAUAAUGCAGUGUCGGCCCUAGACAUCAGGGGUUUGGUGGAACUCGUGCAGACGCUGCAAGAUGCCAUGGCCGUGGAACAGCAGACUUUUGACAGUCUGACACAACAGCUGGAGCUAGUCCAGGACCCUCUGCAGCAGCAGAGGCUUUCAGCUGCCUUAUGUACCUCACAGACGAGAUUGGCCAGACUUUGCUCCAGAAACAUGAGGUGCUUCACACAGCAAGCCCUAAAGGCGCGCCAAAGAGAUGGGUCCGAGAGCCGAUCCUCUAGCCCGAGGGACAGCGGCCUGGUGGUGUCGUCCGCGGGGGCUUCGGACGCCGAAGGGGAUCCGCGGUCUCCGACGGGCGCCUCCUUCAAGCACUCCCUCGCCUUCUUCCAGAGGGCGGCGCACCUCAUGGCCAACAACACCAGGAACUGCAGCUUGGCAGGUGCCCGCCAGAAGGAAGCCCGCCGGCGGUCCUCUCGAGGGAGCAGUUGCUACGGCAGCAGCGGCAGCGAGGCUUGGAGCGUGGCCUCGGACGACCCGGCCGCUGACCACUAUCCCGCCAAGGUCAUGGGAGGCGACCUCGUUUACGAGGACGACCCUCGUUAACGUGGAGGAUCAGGGGGCACUUACGAGCAGGUCCUCUUCAUCAACGGUCGGCCUCAGUACCAGGAUGACAUCAGCUCUACGUCAACGACCACCUGUGGGGCCGACAGAAGUCGUAGCGGUAGUUGGACCCGCGUGCGGGUAGAGGGCAGCACCGGCGUCGGCUCAGCGGCUGGCCGGACCUCCGACAGCCAGCUGCCGUCAGUCUCUUACAGUAACUCGUCGCUGCCGAGACGUGGCACCGCGAACGCCUCCACCGACACGGCCGCAGUCGCAGCAGAGGCGCAGACGCAGACGCUAGCGGCGGACUUGAACAGUUACGUGACGUUGCCAAGGAGGAAGCCAUAUUUAAACUUUAAGAGUGUUGCUUGUGGAUCCAGUAGUAAUAGUAGUAGUAAUCAUAGUAAUCUUAGUUAUAUUAACAGUGCCAGUGCCGAUUUCGAUAAUGAAGACCUGAGAUAUUUCAAGGAACGCGUCGGAAUAUUGAAAAACAACGGCGUCAGUACCAUCACGCGGACGCAGAGUUUCAAAGAAGGCCUCAACAGUUGUUCUCAUGAGUUCGGGGACCAACACAACAACCCAGCCUACGGUCUGUCGCGAACGCAGAGCUUCAACGAUGGAUUAGCGGGUGAUUUCAACGACCUCGAAAGUGCCAAGCCGAAACUGCAGAGAGUGCCGUCCGUGGACGAGAUUCUGGAGUCAGUGAAGACCCUCCGGGCGAAGAAAACAAUGGUGAAGUCAACCCCAGACCUGCUGAGCGCCCAGGAGCCCGUGUACCAUUCGGCCUCCCUGCCCAGACACAAGAGCAGCAAGGGUAAGGCUCCGCGACCUUCGGGCACCUCUGCCCUCCUGGGCGUCAGGUACAAUGGCACUCCCUCUAG